AUGGCAUUCAAUAUUCGUAAAAAGAUGCCCUCGACAUCAACACUCUUCAUCAACGAUAUAAACAUGUCUGCAUGUCAGCGCUUUCAAUCAGAAUAUAGAUCUUUUGGCCCCAUCGAAAUCGUGCCCUCAGCAAGAGAAGCCGCCGAGAAUUCCAAAGUCGUGGUUUCAAUAGUACCAGGGGCUGUAGACGUAAAGAAAGUAUACUUAGAUGAGAAAGAUGGCGUCAUUGCGAGUAGAAAGAAUGAAGGGAGAGUCCUAUGCGAAUGCAGUACCAUAGAUGUGAAGAGCACUAGGGAAGUUGGGGAAGCGUUAAUGGCGAAAGAUAUAGGGACUUACGUCGAUACACCAGUAUCCGGGGGGGUACCAGCGGCUCAACGUGGCGAUCUCAGCAUGCUAAUCGGCCAUUCCCCACCCUCAGAUUCCAACCCAAACUCGCUACUCCUCGAACGCGUCCUCGGAAUGAUAGGCUCGCCCUCCAAGUUCUUCUACCUCAAUUCCCUUGGCGCCGGUCUAACCGCUAAAAUCUCAAAUAACUACCUCAGUGGUACCAUUCUCCUCGCAACUGCUGAAGCCAUGGCUAUCGGCAUAAAACAAGGACUUGACCCAAAGAUGCUGUACGAUGUUAUCAAAGCCUCGACGGGGCAAAGCUGGAUGUGCGACCAUGUGAUGCCAAUCCCGAACGUUAUCCCUCAUGUCCCAAGUUCUAGUGGAUACAAGCCGGGAUUUAAGACGCAGAUGAUGAUUAAAGAUUUGGGGUUGGGUAUUGAAGCGGGGAGGCAGGUUAGGAUCAAACCUCGAAUGGCGGAGGCGGCAAUGGAAACAUGGGAGAGUGCAAGUAAGGACCCACAGUGUUUUGAUAGGGACGGGAGUAGUGUCUAUUUGCAUAUUGGCGGUCCGUUGCCCGAAGGGUAUCAGGAUAAGGGAAAGAAGAAGGAGGAUGGAACGUGGGAGUUUGUCUAA